AUGCUCGAUAAUGUCGAUAUCCUUCCUGAUGCCGUUGAUGACACAGAGACGGAGGUCUACUCUGCAGCUACAAGGGAGUUCAAGCAUACCAGAUCAAACGAUCCAGCUUCGCAAUCUGCUUUAACCCUAACCCAAGAAGAAUUGAUUAACGACUGGAACAAUCCUAUCAAAGAUGAUAUUAGAGCUUUCAUCGAGACCGCCUGCAGCACUAGGCUUCGCGAUACGAUCACCAAACGCCUUAACCUCUCGACAGACUAUAUCAAUGAACGUCUUCCUGAGAGAUUCCCACCGGGCGCUCAAGUUCUCACGUCAAGACACCCGAAAGCCCCGACCCAUCUGAGGAUCACUGUGGGCACUUCUUACCCCUUCGAUAACGUCCGUUCCGAAUCAUUGAAAAUUCCUUGUUUCCCCUUCCAGCACAAUGGUAAGGUAUACUCUGCCCUUGAGGCUGGAGAAGAAGAGGAGAUCGAGAACACUGCGAAGAGGUUGAUGAAGGAUCUGGCCCGAUCCAUCAGAUCUUUGCCCACCAGCGAGGGGCUUUCGGAAGGGAUGAUCCAACGUGUAGCAGGAUCUGAUCUGUCGACUAUAGCGAAAUCCGUUGAAGACGAUCCCGCCUUACUUGAGACGGUACGCGCAGCACUGAAUAUGACCUUUGAGGAGCGGAAAGCUUCCAAGCGCAUCUGUCAAGGCCUAUUGAGCGAUAUCGCUUUAUGCCCUACACCUGAAGCUGAUCUUGCACAUAGUUUGACUUUGAGACUCAUUUGGAACGCGUAUGAUAACGGCGCUGGCCAUUUCUUCUCAAGGGAUAUUGGCAAACCUGACGACACCCUUCUGGAUACUUCGAGAUAUCUGGUGUAG